AUGCUCUCCCCCUCCAUCUCCCCCAUCUCCUCCGCCUCGCACCUGCAAGCCACCACGGUCUCUCUCCGAGUGCUCUCAGCGUGCGUCAUCACAGCAGGGCCUCUGCGCACGGCGCACCACAUCCUGGACCCGGCCUUCUCUGCACGCCUCACCACGGCCAUCUCUCUCCAUCUGCCCUUUGCUCCCGGCAGCCCCCACACGCUCGAGUCCUCUCCUGCUCCUGCCCUCGCCCUUCCACCACUGCUCGGCUCAGCUUCUGCGUCAGGUGAAUCCGCAGGUGUUGUGCCACCCAGCCCAGGUGUUCCAUCAGGGCUACGCUCUGCAGCUACAGGAGAGGAGAGCGAGGAGGAGCGAUGGCAACGGUGGUUCUGGGCGGUAUUGGAUCAUCACGAGGGGCGGCACAACCUGAAUGGAUCAUCUGACCUCAGUGGAGCGACAGAGCACUCAGUGCGUGUGCUGCAAGGGGCUCUAGCUGUUGAUGCAACUGAACCUUCUCUCCUCUGGUUCUGCUGCUUCCUUCGAGUUCUUGCUCGCCUUGCUGCUGCUGCUGACGCCGCUGAUACUGGAGGUGUUGGUGUUGGUGGUGCGCUGAUGGCAUGGCAGCAGCCAAUGGGGGCCCUUCCCGCCCUUUUCCAGCCACUCUUGGAAGGUCUACGAGAGGCUGUGGGAAGAAUCGGGGAGGAGAGGCGGAGGGAGAGGAGGCGAGCCCGGGCGUUGAAGAAAGAAAGGGUGGAUGUGGAGGGGAUGGGAAAAGGAGUUGAGGGAGGGAAGAGGGGACAGGCGGGCAAGAGGCAAGGGAAGGAGGAGGGGGGGCGAAGGAAAGUGAGGGGGAGGAGUAAAGAGGAUGGGGAGAAGCAUGGGGCGGAAAGGAAGGAGGGAGAGGAAAGGAAUGAGGGAGAGCAGGACCUUUCAGGGCAGGUUUCUGCUGCCCGGGCAGCUUCAUCUUUUCUGUUGGCACUGAGCGAAGCUCUUGCUGGCAUCAGUGGCGAGCCGUGGGAUCCCCCUUUCGGGGGCGAGGAAGUGGAGGUGGGAAGUGGAACAGUGCCGGUGGAGGAGAAGAGGGAGGAAGAGGAGGAGAAAGCUCAGCAGCUCAAGGCAGUGGCGCAAAGGGAGGACAGGUGGCAUGCGGUGAUUGGUCCGGUGGUGCAGUCAGUGCUGGGCGAGCUGCUGAACGACAACCUGUGGGAGCUGCCUGUGGAUGUCACGCAGGGGGGGAAGAGAGCGGUGCAGAGCGGUGCUGUGGGGGAUUGGAUGGAUGAGGAGGAGCGGAGGGGGUUGAUGCGCAGGCUCAACGAGAACGCCAACCUGCAAGCGUUUAUCUUCUCAUCUUCCCCUGUGCUCUUACCUUUCUCUCCUCCCCUUCUCACAACAGGUGCUCCUCCUCUCUCUCGCAGCAGCGCUCUCAGCUCUCGGCCAAUCACAUGCCACAAACUCCGGUGCGCUGCGUCGUGCUUUCCCUCCUCUGCUGCGCUCGCUCGCCUCGCCCCACGCCCGCGCCUCCUCCGCUGCUUCACAUGCCCUCUCCUCCAUCAGCCGUUCAUUUGGGUACCCCUCGGUACGUCAUCUGCUACCUCUCUUCUUCCUAGCACUGCCCGUUCUCCUUCCCGUCACCCUCUCGUCGUUGCCGCUGCUGCAGCCCACACCAUCACCACGCUGGUGUGCGAUGUUCUCAUGCCUGUCGCUGUGUGUGUCUCCUCUUCACAUCUCCCUCCUCCCAUGCAGGUAUCGGCGUUGGUAGCAGGCAACACGGACUAUGCCGUUGCCACCGUGCCUGCACUCGUAGCGGCCAACAUGGACUAUGCCAUUGCCACAGUGUGCGCUGGCCUCUCCACCCUGCACUGCCACCCCUCCGCACCCCGCCUCCUGCUCGCCCUCAUGCACCUCCUGCCCCUCGUGCCCGCCACCCCUGCAAUCCCUGUGGCGCCUGUCGGCCCUGCACUGCCUGUGGAGCAUGCAGCAGCAGCAGCAGCGUCAGCGGUGCCAGCAUCAGCGACAGCGGCGUCGGUGUUGCCAUCGGCGUUUGAGAGCAUGCUGCCUCUGAUCAUCCACCCGAUUCGCUCUGUCCUGGCCUCACUGCAAAUCACCGCUCGGUUGCAGCACGCCCCCCACAUAGUCACACUCGUUCAGGUGCUCCGUGUGCUGAUGUCAGCUUGUGCCGUCUCCACAUCAGCAAAGCGCGCCGACGCCGAAGCUGCAGCUUCGGCAGCAAUAGCUGUGCUCUGGAGGGAGGAGCGGGCCCGGCGCAAGCAGCUUCGGAAGCUGAGGCGAGCCAAGGAGGGAUGUGGUGCCGUGCGAGCCUUCUUCACCCGCCGCAUGCGCGCUGCUGCUGCUGCCGUGCGUGAAGAGGGGACUCUGAGCGGGGCGGAGGCAGCGGAGGGGAAGGAGGAGGAGGAGGAGGAGGAGGACGAGGUGUUGAAGGAGCAGGAGAGGGAGGGAGAGGGGAAUUCGAGUGAUGAGGAGUGGGACAAGUUGAAGUCCGAUACAGAUUCAGAGGGAGGUGACAAGGAUGAGACACGGGAAGGGGGGAAUGCGGCUGGGUUGUCAAGCAGGAGCGAGGGCAGGGAGGAGAGUGAGCAGUGGAGCGUGCGCCAUGCGUUGAACCAUCUGGCAGAUCGCACGAGAGUGGUGGCCAUGCAGGCACAGCUGGCAGCCGCCUGCCUGGAGGCCUGUGGGCCGCUCAUGGCCAGUCGCGACGCUGAGCUGGCGCUGCUCGCUGCUGACGUGGUGCAGGCGUCGGUGGCCGCCAUGUCAGCAGCUGAUGUGGCGCAGCGUGCGAGGGCCAAUGAGCUGGAGGCAGUGAGGGAGGUGGUUCGGUUGAGAGUGAAACGAGCUAAGACACACCUCACUGUUCUGCAGGACUCAGGCUUGAGUACAGAUCCGGCCAUAGGUUUGGGAGCAGGUUUGGGUGGAGGUCCGGGCAGCGGUUUGCUGGACUGGUUGGAGGAUGAUGUGGCAGGGCUACGAGCUGACCUGGCAUCUCUCCAGGAUGACGUGGCAGCCAUGCAUGACACAGAGGAUGCUCUCAAGGUGGCGGAUGCUGUGAGGGACGAGACCAAUUGGCUGCUGCCACGUGUGCACAUGAUCUGGCCCCACGCUGUCUCUGGCCUCAAGAGGAGCCACCCUGCACUCAUCAUCUCAUCCAUCCACGUCAUCACAGCCCUCUCCACAACCAAGAGCACGUCGCGCUCCUCCGCAGCAGCCAUGGCGGUACCGCUGGUUCGCACUACAAGCGCGGACUCCCCUCUCCGCGCACCGGCAUGCAACCACGACUCGCCCUUCCCGCUCCCCGACGACGACUGUCUCGAUGUUCCCACCGUCCUCGUCGUCUUACCCGACGGCUCCGUGCGACUCUACGACACUCCUCGCCUGACCGUGUGCGACGUGCUGUGCGACUACCCGAGCCACGCGCUGUCGUGCACGUCCGCGGGCCCCCUGCUCCAGCAGCAGCGGGUCCUCAACCUCAACGCCACCUACUACCUCCGCCAAGUCUCCCCGCCCGCGGCGGUGGCGGCGGAGGCUCCUUCCGCGAGCGUCGUCUCGUUGGUGGAUCUCCAAUGCGGGUCGUUCGCCUGUGCACACUCCCCGCACGACACGGGGGGAUGUCCCAAGGAGGCUCUUGACGCAUCGUUUGAUGCGCCUGGAGAGGAGUUUAAAAUGGCGCGGUCCGCCUCCGCGCGGAACCUCGAGCAGAAUCGCGCGCGUUGGGAACACGUGGCGGAGCGGAGGACAUCCAGCUGGGACUCUGCGGAUCCUGAGCCACGUCGGCACGACGUCAGCGACGGCAUCAUCCGAGCCAGUCGCAUAAAUCCAAUUCUGGCCGAGUUAGAAACGCUGGAAGACGAUGGCGAAGUUCCUCCCACGCCCUCGACGGAAUCCGUAAAAUUGUCGUCCCCGACGGCCAGCACGAAACGGACGCUGGUGGGAAAGCUGGUGCGCUUCAAGCUGCCCAUCGGGCGGCGCAGCAGCAGCUGUUCCGAUCAAACCUCACCUGUCGGAUUCCGCGCUGAAAAUACGCGCGUGAGCCCCAGAACUCCGCGCUCACCGUGCCCCGUCAUCCCCAAGAGCCCGCGCUUCAAACCUUCAGGCACAGCUGCUGCGAACACUUCGGUGCAACACGAAUUAAGCGACACGGAUAUCGCAAGCCAUGGCGGCUGGGGUGACAAUCUCCCGAAGGCGAGCGGGCAUUCCCAAGGGGGAGAGUGGGUGGACGUGAGCUGCAACGUGUUCAUGACUGACACGCGGAUCGUCCGCCGCGCGGUCAUGCGCGUUAACCCUGCGGGGACGACGAGCGGGGGAGCACGCAACACGCCGCCUCUGAUUCAGAGAAACUCAUCCGACUCUGCAUUGGCUGGCGGUUCGAGGGCUGUAACACCAACGUGGUUGAAGAACGGAAACUACACUCAGCAGUUUCCUCUGCCUGUGGUGGCGCCAAGGCAGUCACGGCACAGCGCAGAUUUUAUUUCAUCAACUGAAAGAUGCUUCACCAGCCCCCUGCUUCAUCGGAUGUUGGAGAUAUGA